UCAGCUGCCAUCUUCUCCAGCGCAGUUGUGGACUUGCUUUAUUACUGUUAAGAUGCGCGCUACUCGUGUCAUGAUGGUCACGCCGACACCCGUUCGCACGCGUUGAAGGGCGGUUUGGAGAAAGAGCAAGUGAUACCAGUGUCAUAUAGGUGUGCAUAGGUGUUAAGUAUGCAAAUGUUAAUUAUGUGGUUACCUGAGGGCGAUUAUGAGUGUUGAGGAUAAUCACUGUGAUGUGUUAUGUUGAGUCGCAAGUUUUCCCUUCUGUGGCUGCUGCUGUGGUAACUGUGGCGUUAUCUCCAGCUGUCGCCGCCGUCGCCAGCAGCUGCGCCUCGAGGCUGAGGGGCUGUCAGACUGCCCAGAGGAAAGGAGGCUCCGGGCCAGGCCAAGACAUGCGAGGAACCAGCUGAGGAGCACAGACCCGUGAUGGUGCAGAUGGGGCCAGUCCAGCAUGUCCCAGGCAUCAGCAGCAGCAGCGGCAGUAGAGAGCGGCGGUGGUAAGCUGCAGCCGCCGCACAAUGUGGUGGUAUAUGUGGCAGGCGAGGGGGGUGGGGGGCCGGGAGGGGCGCAGGUGCCUCCUCGUGCCAUGAUCACCCCUCACCCAGUCAAACCAACCAACCCCCACAUGGUCAAUGGCUUCAGGGUGGCUAACCCGUUGCAUCAGCAGCAGCAGCAGCAACAGCAGCAACAACAGCAACAGCAACAAUCUCACUAUGGUAUGCAGAUGAACGACAGCCUUCAGCAGCAACAGCAGUUCCUUAUGAAUAAAAUGAAUGGAGUUGAGGGAGCGACAAACUGCUUUCCAACGAGCCAGGCUCCUCAGCAGCUGCAGUACCUUCCUGGUGGCAACUAUGUCACCACAGUUACUGUUCAUGCUUCAGAGCAGUCACAACAAAUGCAGCAACACAGUAUGCAGCAGCAACAGCAGCAACAACAACAACAACAGCAACAGCAACAGCAGCCGCAACAGCAGCAGCAACAACAACAGCCGCAGCAACAGCAGCAGCAAACAAGAGCAAUGAAUCAACAGCAGUUACAGCAUCAGCAACAGCAGCAGCAGCAGCAGCAGCAACAGCAGCAGCAUUUACAAAAUCAAGUUAAUGUCAACGUAAUGGGUUCCAUGAAUGGUUACGUGCAGAAUGGUGUGAUGAUGCAAGUUAGCAACGGCACCAUAAACAACAACUCUGCAAUAAUGUGCAAUGCACAGAUGAUGAAUAAUCAGAUGGCUGCUAGUAACAAUAAUAAUAACAAUAAUAAUAAUAAUAGUAACAAUACCAGUAAUAAUAAUAAUGCAGCUAUGAAUAAUAACAAUAAUAAUAUGGUCGUUGCCCGACCAAGAACUAGUUCCCGGUGUGACUCAGUGAGAUCAGAAACGGCAGAGUCAAGUUGCAGUAGUCUGAGCUCGGAUAGUCAGAUAGAACAUAGUCAGCAGCAGCAGCAGCAACAGCAGCAGCAACAGCAGCAACAGCAGCAGCACCAACACCAACAGCAGGCUAACAGUCAGUUCACCAACAAUCAGCAAUACCAGGUUAUGAACAAUGCACAGUAUAUGAACAACCAUAUGCAAGCAGUGAACCCAAAUAGUUACAAUUGUUAUCCAAAUUACAUGGCUGGUCAGUCGUCUGGUGGUGGUAGUAAUGUGAGCGGAAUGAAUCAAACUGGUGUGUACAAUAAUCAAAAUAUUGUACAGGCCUUUCACCAAGUGAACACAGUGCAGCAUGUACAGAUGCAGGGGGGACAGUUGCAGAUAAUGCAGCAGCAAUACCAAUAUGUACAGGGCCAGAAUAUGAACGUAAUGCCACAGAACCAAGGCAUGUGUGUGAACAAUAUGCAGAGAUUGGGUAUGAUGCAGGCUGGGGGGAUGGUACAGGGUCAGGGGACCAAUAUGAUGCAUGGACAGAUCAUGCAAGGACAGAACAUUGCAACUCAUAAUGCCAAUGUGAUGCAAGGACAAGGCAUGAGCAUGGUGACGGGACAGCCAGGAAUGAAUGUGAUGCAGGGUCAGAACAUGAAUAUGAUGCAAGGACAAGCAAUGAACAUUCCACAGCCGCAGAGUGGAAACAUGAAUGUAAAUCAGUACCACGCAGGUCAUGGACAAGAAGUGAUGAAUCAGUGUAACCUAGUGAUGGGAGGGCAGAAUGGAGGUCAUGGCAACCUGAUGGGCAUGCAGGGUGGCAUGCAACAACACAUGAUGGGUGGAGGCAUGAUGCCUGAACAGCAGCAACAAGCAGUCAUGAUGGGAGGUGCCAUGCAGGGAAACAUGGCCAUGGUGCCUGUCGGUGCCAAGAUGGCUGGAUCUAACAUGCCUCACACCAACUUGAUGGCUGGCUCAGGUGGGCCACCAGUAGGUGUCAUCAACACCAUGUGUGGUGCCAUGCCAGCAGGCACUCCUGCCGUGCAUCCACCGGCUGACAGCAAGAAUUUCAUGCCACUUGUUGUCCCAUUUGGAUGGAGGAGAGUCAUCAACAAUGGCCAAGUCGUCUACAUAAGGUAAGCAAGGAAGGCGCUAGAUAGUGACGAGGGAGGAGGAGGAAGAGGUAAGGAAAGGGAGAAAAAGGUAGUACUA